CAACCACUGUGCACAGCCGUCCAAGUUGCCAUGGUAGACCUCUUGGAAAGCAUUGGCGUCAAGCCUGCGGCCGUUGUUGGCCACAACAGCGGCGAACUUGCUGCUGCCUAUACUGCUGGUGCCCUCACGGCAAAGGAAGCCAUAAUCGGAGCCUACCAGCGUGGACAAGCCGCCAAGCUCCAGAACAGGAAGGGUGCCAUGGCUGCCGUUGGCCUUGGUUGGGAUGAGGUCGAGCCGUUCCUGAACCAACCACGUAUUGUCGUUGCCUGUGAAAACUCUCCCAAGAGUGUUACUCUUUCAGGUGACGCCGAGGAGAUU